AUGUGUGUUACAGUGACCCUGGUGGUGCAGUGGAGCGAGGUGACCCGUCUGGAGAAGAACGCCACGCUGGUGUUCCCGGAGAGCGUUCGUGUGAGCACGCGUCACAGCGAGCACUUCUUCUCCAUGUUCAUCAACAUCAACGACACCUUCCGCCUGAUGGAGCAGCUCGCCAACAUCGCCAUGCGCCAGCUGCUGGACAACGAGGCCUUCGCUGCCGAUCGCUCGCUGCCCAAAGCCUGCAAGACGCUGAAGAACGUCUCCGCCCUCAAGAGGGACCUGGAUGCGCGGGCGAAGAACGAGCGGUACCGGGCCAUGUUCCGGCUGACCCAGGACGAGCGGCUGGACGGACACACGGACUGCACGCUGUGGACGCCGUUCGCCAAGAUGCACGUAGUGGGACAGCUGUUCAUCUCCAACAACUACGUCUGCUUCAACAGUAGAGAGGAGGACCUCUGUCAGCUGAUCAUCCCCCUCAGAGAGGUGUCCAUCGUGGAGAAGGCGGACAGCAGCAGUGUGCUGCCGUGUCCCGUCUCCAUCAGCACCAAGAACAAGAUGAACUUCCUGUUCGCCAACCUCCGAGACAGAGACUUCCUGGUCCAACGCAUCUCCGACUUCCUGCAGCGAACCCCCGACAGUUGCUGGGGCGACACCAGCCCGCUGGCUCUGAUUGGUCACUCGGCGUCCUCCAGCGUUCCCUCUCCCUCGUCUGCAGGCUCUGACUCCGCCCACAGGGGGCGCCACUUCCACCCCGGCCUGCCCACGGCCAGCCAGGGUCUGCUGCAGCUCUACCAGCAGGACGCGCCAGAGGACCUGGGCCCCAAAGCCAUGAAGGAGAAGAUGAAGGAGGAGGCGUGGAACAUCCAUUUCUCCGAGUUUGGUCGCGGUGUCUGCAUGUACCGGACCUCCAGAACCAGAGAACUCGUUCUCAACGGGAUUCCCGAAUGCCUGAGAGGAGAACUGUGGCUGCUCUUCUCUGGCGCCCAGAACGAGAUGGCGACCCACCCUGGUUACUACGGCGACCUGGUGGAGACCGCCAUGGGCCGGUGCUCCCUGGCGACCGAGGAGAUCGAGCGGGACCUUCACCGUUCGAUGCCGGAGCACCGCGCCUUCCAGAACGACACCGGCAUCGCCGCGCUGCGCCGAGUACUCACGGCCUACGCUCACCGCAACCCGGGCAUCGGGUACUGCCAGGCGAUGAACAUCGUGACCUCGGUGCUGCUGCUCUACUGUCCCGAGGAGGAGGCCUUCUGGCUGCUGGUGGCGCUGUGUGAGCGCAUGCUGCCGGACUACUACAACACCAGGGUCGUAGGGGCCCUGGUGGAUCAGGGUGUGUUUGAGGACCUGACUCAGGGGUUCCUGCCCCUGCUGUAUGAACACAUGCAGCAGCUGGGGGUCAUCUCCACCAUCAGCCUGUCCUGGUUCCUCACGCUCUUCCUGUCCGUCAUGCCCUUCGACAGCGCCGUCCUAUUGGUCGACUGCUUCUUUUACGAAGGAAUCAAACUCAUCUUCCAGGUGGCGCUGGCGGUGCUCCAUGACAACAUGGAUGCCCUGCUGUCCUGCAGUGAUGAGGGAGAGGCCAUGACCAUCCUGGGCCGGUACCUGGAUAACGUUGUGAACAGACAGACUGUAGCUCCGCCCACUCCUCACCUCCACGCCCUGCUGACCAGCGGAGACACGCCUCCUCCUGAAAUAGACGUCUUCGACCUCAUCAAGUCCUCCUACGAGCGGUUCGGCAGCCUGCGCUCUGAUGUCAUCGAGCAGAUGAGGUUCAAGCAGAGGUUAAAGGUCAUCCAGUCUCUGGAGGACACAGCCAAGAGGAGCGUGGUCAGAGCUAUGAUGACAGAGUCAGCCUUCAGUAUAGAGGAGCUG